AAUACUUUAUUAUAUUCACUGGCCACCCUACUCCACUUUGCGCGGCAGCGGUCAGAAGGCGGAGCUUAUCGGCAAACUCGCGUCGAAGCUGGAUUCACUGUCAAUUCGAGAGCCGCGAAGAGUACGCUCGCGUCUAUUACGUGGUGUGUUUAUAGUGAAGUGGAUUUUGUGAUGAGAUUAUCGAAUGUCGUGAAGUGAAAGAUAGUGUUGUUUUAUCAAAAAGUGUAAACUUGUGGGCUGUACAAUGUUUAUGGUUCACUUAUAGUGCAUAAUCAAAAUGUGUGAAUCACGAUUGUGUGCAAAAUUGAUUUAUGCCACGUAGUGACGCGAACGGGUAAUGAUUCCUAAUGUGGAGUUCGAAGCAAGAUGGUUAGAGAGACUCGGCACCUGUGGGUUGGAAAUUUACCCGAUAACAUUCGUGAAGACCGAAUAAGGGAGCACUUCAAACGCUAUGGCCGAGUCCAGAAUGUCAAAUUGUUGGGUCGGGCAGACAACAUUACCACUGGUGUCAAUGCCGGAGGUGCCAGUGGCGUCUGUGCCACAGUUGCCUUUAUGGACAUUAAGUCUGCAUCAAAGGCACAUAAUACGGAACUCGUGCUGGACGAACGCACGCUUACCACCGAGUAUUAUGAGCCAGCUGCGAUACCCUCUGCAGCGGGUGCACCCUCAGCCGGCUCAUCCCCUGCCGGUUCUGGCUACUCAGGUUCUUCGUCCUCCGUGAAUUCUACCCCUGCUCCCGCUUCCGUGUCACGCUACCACCUGUCUGGCGGAGAAGAUAGUUCAAGCAAUACGUGCCCAAUUGCUGCCACUGCUGCGGCGCCAGCUACGUGGCGUGGUACAAAUGACAGCGCCACCGAGUAUUGCCGCCGUGGUAACACGCCCGCCGCGUACGGCAGGUACCAGCGCAACAACUCAACUGCACCUUAUUCCACACCACCCUCUAAUGUUGAAAGAACAACUCCACAUCACCGAUGGUACGCAAAUAGCGAUCGAGUUGCUGGUGCGACAGGCGGUGAAAGUACACCUAGUACUCCAGGUGGCGGGACCGAAGGAGGACGUCGGCGCCGUAACUCUGGCUCCGGCUCGUCACGAUCUGACUCGAGUUCUCCCGAACCGAGCGAUACUUCAAGAGCUUCGACGCCAGCCGCACAACCAUCACUCUCUCACCAUACCAACCAUCGGACGCCGCCAUCGUUACAACACCAAUGGGCGUCGACGGCGAGUGGUAGACCUUUGGCUAUCUGUGUGCGAAAUCUACCGACACGAUCUACCGAUAGUUCUUUGAAGGACGGCCUUUACCAUGAAUACAAGAAACAUGGAAAAGUUGUAUGGGUUAAAGUAGUUGGUCAAAACGCCGAUCGUUAUGCGGUGGUGCGAUUUAAAAAGCCAUCCGAUGUGGAGAAGGCCUUGGAAGUAUCACAAGAUAAACUUUUUUUUGGCUGUAAGAUCUCUGUGGCGCCUCAUCAAAGCUGUGAUGAAGAUGCAGAUUCGGCUAAACCUUACGAGACUGAUAUCGAUGAGUACCACCCUAAGGCAACAAGGACGCUAUUUAUUGGUAAUUUAGAAAAAGAUGUAACGCAGCAACAGCUCCGAGACAAAUUCAAACAUUUCGGAAGAAUAAUUGAGAUCGAUAUAAAGAAGGGAAGUAGUGGAGGAGCAGGAUAUGCGUUCUGUCAAUAUGCAUCAAUUUCAAGCGUCGUGGAAGCCAUUCGUGCCAUGGAUGGCGAAAAUGUGGGCGGCUCACGAGUGAAGCUUGGCUUUGGGAAACCUGUUGCCACUACGUGUGUGUGGGUGGAUGGUCUUACUGAGCAUACAGAGAAGCAGGUGUUGAGCGCGGUGUCGCGAUGUGGCGGUGCGACGUCAGUGUGCGUGGACCGCGCGGCGGGCGCGGCACUGGUGCACUUCGAGCAGGCCGCGGCCGCCGGGGCCGCGGUCCGCGAGCUGCGCCGUGUUGCCGCCGCCGUCUCCGCCGCCGAGCCCGACCACCCGCGACUCUGUGUAGACUACGCCUCGCGCGAGUGCCAGGAGGCGUUUUAUGAACAAUUGGAAAAGCAUGGCGGAUCGGCGGCGUUGACGGGUUCUGAAAGACUGAGUGGGGAUCUUACUACUCGUUAUAUGCCGCCAACUCGUCAUGACCCUGUUCGGUUUGACGGUACUGGUUCACGAUCGAGGGCAUCAAGUUACGGUCGUGCAUCUUCUAGAACCCCGCGUUAUUCUACAUUAGAACACUAUGAUCCGACUGAUUACGCUGCAGACCGACGGUACAGGGUAUAUGAUGAAGUAGGGUCAAGUCCGCAAGCUGAAGAGACACCUUACGAAGAAAGGUUACAGUCAGUUGUGGUAUCACCACAUCGCGCGCGACGCCACCGCCGCGAUUCCAGCCCUGAUGACCGAAAACAUUCUAAGGAGAGACAUCGUAGUGUCGGUACUCGACGCUCGCGCUCGGGAUCACGCGGCGGAGAGCGGCACGCCAGUCGGCGCCGGCACCGGCGGCGGCGCGAGGGCUCGGGCUCGCACUCGCGCGCCGGCACGCCGCUGCGGGACGAGCCCGACGCCGCGCCCGUGGAGCCGCGCCGGCCGCCGCGUGAGCGCCCGCCGCUGCCCAUGAGCCUGCCGCUGCCCAAGUUCGCCGUGCAGCUCAUGCGCAGCGCGCCCUCCGUGCCGCGUCCCGAGCCCGCGCCCGCGCCCGACUCCCCGCCGCGCCCGCCCUCCGCGUCUUCCUCCAGCGGUGGCUCCGCACCGCACUCGCCCUCCUUGGAGGAGCGGAUCCGCAGCCUGGACGAAAAGCUCAACGGAUCGCGAAUGCUCGCUGAAGCGCCGGAUCGCACCCGACUUCGACACCGCCUGCUCGACGUAGAUAUCAACGAAGUGAAACCGUCGGAGGUAGUUCGAUCGUUACUAGCGAAACGUUCUGUUUUCGACGAAGAUUCCGAGCGACUAGAAGGCGCCGGCCGCGCCCCUAGCCCGGGCAGCAGCCCCCGCAGCCGGCUGGCGGGCGCCACGCCUCGUGCGCUCCGCUACCCGUUUCCGGCACACCCGCCGCCGCCGCGCCGCCCGCCGCGCUACUGCCAGGCUCGCUGGAGCUGGACGCCGAGCUAGCGGAGCACGGCGCGCUGAAGUUGCCUACGAGCCUGUGCCACGAAAGCCGAGGCCGUCCGCGCACUCCGCCAGCUCCUCCGCCGCCGCCUGAACCUGAGACUGAACUCGAACGUGACAAUCAGCCCAGUCAUAAUGACAAUUCAUCGCAAUUCGAUAGCGAUACAAAACCGAUUGAAAGGCACACAGAUGGUUAUUACUCCGCUGACGGUGGGAACGUCUCAUUGAUUACAUCUGGUGGAACAGAAGAUAACGUUGAUGGUGAAGACAAUGAUCGUAGUCGUGACCGUAGUAAUUAUUCCAUAGCGUCAACGAGCCUUACCAAACAAACCAUCUCUGUACCCUUUAGUACCGAUUGUGGCCAAACUGCGCGCAAUGAUACUACCCUUCCAAAAAAUGAUGUUCACCGCCAAGAUGAUAAAAUUAAUAGCUCUCUUUCUUUUAAUUUGGAAGAUAAUAGUGCUCGAGAAGUAAUGGAAAUGUUACUGAAAAGAGUUGAGUGUAAUGACUUCCAAAAGUGUGAACCGCAGUUCGAUAAAAUAGGUAAAUACAACAAAGAAACUGUAAUUAAAACAGAGCUUCACAAACAUGACGAAAGACUAAAGUUAGAUAGCGAAAAUAAAAUGGAUCUUUUUUGUCACACUGAUAAACACAACAGCAGGGAAAUACAAGAAAACCAUAUCACCAAAGAAUUAAUCGAAUUCGAGAUGCAACAAAAUAAUUUGAACUCAGUUAAUUUUAUGAAAACAAAUAUAGAGCUAAAUCACGAUGUGAAAAGUUCCGAAAAGGUUAUCAAAGACAGACAUAAUCACAAUUAUCACAACACAAAACUUGAAAAAGAAAAUAUUCAAUUUGAUAAGUCAUUUGAAAAAGAAAGAAAUACCAACUCUUUAGCAUUAACCGAUAAAAAAAUUGAUUCUGAAAGAAAUCACGAUGAUCGUGUCAGACUAGACCGCGACAAAAUACGACACAAUAAAGAAAAAUUAUUUGACAAAGAAAAGUCUGAGUCUGAAAAGAUAAAAAGCAAUAAAUCUGAAAAACAUGCUGAUAAGGAAAAGAGGCCGAAGGAAGAACAACAUGAAAAAACUCAAAGUGAUAAAAACAAAAGUGAAAAAGAUGGAGAAAGAAACCAAAAAGAUAAAACUGAUAAGAACUUGAAAAGCCUAAACAUAAUGAUGAAAAAUCGUACAGGCAUGAUCAUCAUAAAAAAGAUAGAAGCGAUAGAGAAAAAAGAAAGGAAUCCCAAGACACUGAAAACUCCUCGGUCAAAUCAAAGAAAGAUGACAAACAUAAACACGACAGAACAAAGAAGGACCACGACUCAAGAAGAGAAAGUAAAAAGGAAUCUGAGUCCGUUAAAAAUCGUAAAUCAUCUAGAGAUGAAACUUCGAGGGAGCUUAGUCGCAAAGAUUCUACGGAUUCUUCAACAUCGAGAGCUUCGCACGAAUCUUCCAAACUGAAAGAUUUAGAAAUUGACUGUAAGGACGAUGGAAAAUCAAAAUUAAAACACAUUGAAUUAUUUGUAAAACAUGACAAUGAUAAAGAACCUAAAUCAGAUAAUAAAGAAGAAAAGGAUUCUGGCAAUCAUAAAAUUAAAAGUGAUGCAACAUCAGAGCACAACAAUACAAAAUUAAAACCAGAUAGUGGUGAAAAACAAAGACACUAUUCUGUCGACUCUCCAAGCGUGGACAGUAAACGCAAAGAACGACUUAAUUCGUGUUCAAGUUUACCAUCAAAUAUUGGACAUAAGCGAAGAAUGUCAUCACAAGAUAGUAUUGACAUAUUCAAUGAAGACGUAAAGAAGGGUAGAAAUGAUUCCAAGAUAUCUGAAAGAAGGGACUCUAAAGAGUCUCGCUCCGAAAAUAGGCAUAGAACUACCAAAUUCAGCAAAGGCCAUUUUGCUAAGAUAAUUGAAAGCAAAACGAAAGAUGAUAAAAAGAAUCAGGUAAAACCCCCAGAUGACACUUAUAUUGAAAAAAAUACUGACCCUAAAGAUACUAAAACAGUAGACAAAAUUAAAUCAUCAAAAAAGAGCCACGGUGAAGAAACUGAAGACAAACCAGCCCCUGAAGCAAUAAAUGAGGGAUUACAGAAUGAUUUAGACUUUUUAGCUACUUUAGAAUUACGCUCUAGUGAAGAAGAUGAGAGACAAAGAGCCCUUCGAAAAGAAAUGAAAGAGAAAAAACGUAUACAGCAAUUACAACAGAUUCAAGAACUUCAGUUACAGCGGGAUGCAUUACAUCCAACUGAUUUUAUGGGAAAAAGUAAAGAUGAGAAGAAACCUAAAUGUGACGAGAAAAAGAAAGAAAUUGCUCGUGAAAAACGAAUGUCAACAGAACGGAAAAGUAGAGAGGACAAAAGUGAUAGCAAUAAACGUAAAAGCCGUAAACCUGUGCAUAGUAGUGAUAGUUCUGAUUCUGAUGAACCUAAAAAGCAUUCAAUUUUUGAUAUCAUUGAUGAUGGGCCUACGUAUAUAUCUAUGUAUGACAAAGUUAAAGCUCGAUCAUGCAAAAAUAUGCAAAAGCAAGAGGAAGAAAAGCGCCAAGAAAAAAUUAAGGCUAAAUUUAGUCAGUUAAAGCAAAGUAGAGCUAAGCGAGAGGAAAAGAAGAGAUCUAGCUGGGAUGAAGAUAGUGACUCUGAUCAGGACAGAAAGAAAUAUUGUUCCAUGGACAAUUCGUCGGACGAUGACAUCGUCAUUCACACAAAAAGACGUGAAAAGUCACAUCGAUACGAAUAUGACUCCAGUAAAGCCGAUGAAUAUUUUGAUGGAAACACAAAUGAAGAAGAUCUUCGUAAUAAAUUGUCUCGUAAAAAUUCAAGAACCCGUAUUAUGUCCGAUACCUCGGAUGACGAAGCUUCUAAAAGAAGUGUUAGUAAAAGUCCGACUUUUGGUUUGGAUAAUUUAAAAAAAGAAUUACUCUCCGAUUCAGAAUCUACACAAAAAAAUAAAUUAGAGGUAACGAAAGAAACAACCGAAAAUAUUAAGAAGAAUUCCUUAUUAAAUUUAUUCGGGAAAAGUGACAGUGAUGAUAGUAAAAUUAAAUUGAACCUUGAAAAUGAUAAUGGCUACAAAUCUAAUUAUGUUAAAUCUAUGUGUAAUGAUUUUUCAUCUGAAAGUGAAUCUACAUGUAAUAAAAAUUCAUUAGAAAAUCGUAGGAAACACAAGAAAAAGCAGAAAAAACAUAAAUCAACAUAUUCCGAUGACGAAAAAAUCGAUAACAGUGACACCAGCUUGCUGGAAGGAUACAAACAUAAAACCAUUGAUAAACAACGUAGACACAGCAAUAGAAAAGACAAAAGGAAAGAGAAGUUACGAGAGAGUAUCGAUACGGACGAUACUCGUGAUGAGAAAAGCAAGAUAAAACGAGAGAAGAAAUCGUCCAAUAACAAUUUUGACAGUGUUACCGAUACCGUCAGUAAUACAAUGAAGAAAGACGGAAAAAUGGAAGACAUUUUUGGGCCCUUAACUGACGAAUCAGAUGGAGACACUCGAACACACACAGCUCAUAAAAUGGAGUUUUCUUCACAUGAGACUGAAUCUAAUUUUUCUGCGAAUAACCCAGAAUAUAAAUCGAAAGAGAAAGAUGACCGACGUAAAAAGGAGAAAAAACGCAAAGAAAAUAGAUUUUUCAAAGAUGAUGAUAACAGUUUAGACGUUGACGCUGUUAGUAAAGCAAUAGAGGCACGUCUUUUUGCUGACGCCUUGAUAGACGAUGAUGGUCGUAUCAAAGCAGAAACACUUUCUGAAAGCCUUAAUAAAUUUGAAAAGAAUGAAAUUAAAUAUGCUGAAGGCAAUGUAAUUAGUGAAAUAGUUAAACAUGACAAAAUAAAAAGAGAUUGCAAAGAAAAGAAAAAGAAGAAAAAGAAAAAUAGAGAAGACAGACAAAGUCGUAAAGAACACCAUAAUUAUUAUCAACAAGAAAAGGUUGACAAAGCAGACCAUGAUACAACUGAAAAUGAGGAAAUUUCUACUAAUACGCUAUUACUUGACAUACCUUUACCAAAUGAUGUACAAACUGUAAAUUUUGACAAAGUAGAAAAUUGCCAUUCGCAUCUAGGGCCGCAAAGUUUACCUCGAUUAACAGAUAGCCCUCCAAUUGUUAUACAGUCCGACGAAAAUACAGAUUCUAAAAGUAUAGAUUCCAGCAACACUAUAAUAGAUGACAAUAAAAUGGAUUAUAUAGAAAGCAAAGAAAUAGAAAUUGAAGAAAUUCCGAUGCCUCCACCUUUUGAAACAAUUGUUACUGAUAUAAGUGAAGUACCAUUACCAAAAGAUCCUCUGCCUAGCAAACUGAACAAUAACACCGAAGAUUGUUUCUUAUCCAGUCUUAGUAGCGACGGCGACUCUUGUGAAGAUGCAGUGCGUAAUAUUAUUUCUUCAGAAAAAGAAGUUGACAAAACUGAAAAGAUUGACACAAGUUCAGACAUUGUCGAAAUUUCACCAUGUAAAACUGAGAAAAAAUCAGACGAAAAACCUAGAGCUAUUAUAUCUCAAGAGGAGACCGAAGAUGCAGUUGCUGCUUUAUUGGGUGAAAGUUUUGGAGGUAAAAUAAAUACAUUCUCUAGCUGUUACGAAGAAUCUGAAAAUAAUUCAACACAUCAAAAUGAAAUAGAAAUUGCCACAAUAGAAAAUGAAAAUAUUCCGGAAGAGGAUGCUGAAGAAAUGCGACAAGCAGUUCAAAAUUUAAAUGCCAGUGAAAUGGAAAUGAAACCAGAUACUCCUGUAUCAGAUAAUGACUUGUUAUUAAUUGAUACUGACACUGAAGAAAAUGAUGAAACAGCUCAGGAUGCUAUAGAAAAGUUGCCUGUUAACAUCAUAGCUACCAACCAAACCUUGCAUGCAAUAACAGAUCAAAAGAAAAAUUCAGAUAGCCCAAAUACUACAAAUCCUGAUACAAAACCAAAUCUGGUACCUAUUGUUACAACUACUGCGACUGAUACAACUGUUAAAGUAAAAGAGACUGAUAUUAAGAUACAAUUAACAAAGAGAGAGAACAUCCAAUUGAUUACAUCAACUGCAACUCCUGUCAUAACCUCGUGGACACCUGCAAACAAUAAAGUACAGGAACCACAUAUCUUAAAUAUUCAAGGUAGCUCUUUACCAAAUAGAGAGAAAAUUGAAAUGAAACCUACUCAUAUAACUGCAAAUAUUGUUCAAAUCAAAACUGGUGCUUCAACCCAAAAUGUGCAAAUAAAUAAUAAUUCAACAAGGCCUAUUAUGACUCAGCCUCGAGUCACGGCUCCAUCAUUUCAAGUUAUUAAUCAAAUGAUUCGUAGUCAAGCUCCUAAUAUGCAACCACCGACAAUCAAGAUUCCAGAGCCUCAUGUUUUGUAUCAAAAACCACAAGGAAUUGUUAUUUCACCUCGUAUGCCCAAUGAUCCGAGAAUGCAAAGUCCUAAAGCUAGCUCUCAAAGUGAAACAAUGACGUCGCCUCGUUUGACAAACAUGACUAUUUUAAGUACCUCACCACAAAGUUUGACUUCAGCGGGAUUGACAUCACCUAAUGCCAUUCCACAAAGAUCGCCUGGUCAAGUGACUGUGGUUCGAAUGCAACAACCUCCUUUGAGUCCAAUUCAAACAAUGCAUAUACAACACGGCGCAAGAACAAUGCUGUCACCUAACAGACCCAACUCAGUUUUGGUGCAAACGCAAGGCACGCCAAUCCACUUUAACCGCUUGCCUGUCACUCCUGUCUUGACACCGAUAUCUAAACAAAUGAAUAAUGUAAAUAAUUUGAUUCAGCAAAAUAAGGGAAUUGGUGUGACUACAAGUCCUUUAUUACAUCAACAGAAAAUAAUACCCGGGGAUUGUAGAAAGACUGACCAAAGGAAUAUUCCUGACAAUCCCAACGAAAAUACUAAAAUAAUAUUAUCUCCAACAAGUUUACAACAUAGCACGAAUCCUACAGUAAUGGCUCAAAAUCGUUUGAUUUCAAUGCAAAACGCUAUACACGUUAGUAAUAUGAACACAGUGCAUCUCAACAAUAAAGUAGUAAUUAAUACUGUCAGUCAACUAAAUGAGAAGAGGGAAAACCAACCUCAGAAAGCAGAUAAAAUUAAUCACAUUCCUUUUGGAUCAACCCCUAUUAUACAUGUUGCUGCAGUUAAUAAUGCAACCACUUCUAUAAUACAAGGUAGCAAGGCUGCUCAGAGUAAUAUUCAAGAAAUCAACACAAUCAAUAGAAGUCAAGGUUCAAAUGUUAUUCAUUCUUUAGGUUCACAAAGGCUUAUUUCGCCAGUCUCUCUGGGAAACGUUUUGAAAAUAGACACUAAAAAGGGAGCAGCGUCUGUAUUGUCCAUGGCAACUAUUAGACCGCCAUCGAUUUUAACUAAAUUGGGAUUGUGCACGUCGUCGACUAAUACAACUACUAGCGUCACUAAUGUGUCACCAUUAUUACUGAAAACUACAUGUUCAACAGGUAGAUUAAACCCUAAAUUUGAUACGGAUAAUAAAAUACUAAAACCGUUGGUUUUGCAAAAUCACAUAAGAGAUAGUGCAAUAAAAGUAGAAGAAAAAUCUGAACCGAUUCUUACUACAAUUACAGGAUGCGAAGAAAUUGUGAAAGACAAAAAAGAUUUUAAUCCAACACCAAUGACAUCAACUACAGAUGAUAUUUCUAAAUGUGAAACAGACUUUGAAGAAUUAUUGAAAGAUACUACAAAUGAAAUAAAAAUAAGCAAUGAUCCUGAUAAGAAACUUGAAAUAAAUGUUGGUAAAACAGUUACAUUAAUUACGACCAGUAAAGAUACCCACGACACACCUGUAUCAAAAAGUAUGGAUGGUGUGAAAAUUGAAAAUAUAAAUAUAAACCAAACUUCAUUCACACCGAUAGCCGUCAAAAAUGAACAAGAAGACAUCAAUAGUAAUGAAUCUAAGGAAAUCUUUAAUAAAAUUUUAUCCCGACUUGAUAAAGAAUCAAAUCAGGCAACAAUUCCUACUGAGCCAGAAAUAAAGAAAGAAGGCACUGAUCAACCCAGUAACGAUAUCAAUAAUGUAACUCCAUCACAGGGCGGAAACGAAUUAUUAAAACUUGACAGCAUUAAUAAAACUGAUGAAUCUAACUUCCAUAAUUUGUUGUGUGAAGACUCUAAAGUACCUAGCCCAAUAAAAAAUGAUGAAAAUGAUUCCUGGAGUGGUAAAGAUGUGAACUUGGAAUCCGUUAUAAAAAAGGUUGAUUCUCUGUGUAAUGACAAUGUUGAAAUACCUAAAAAAACUGAAGUCAAUGAUGUUGACAAUGAGAUGGAAGUUGACACCAACAAUUCAGAAAAGAUCAUCAAUCAAACACCUCAUAUUAUGUCAACAACGUCUAUAACUCAAGUAGAUAAUAUCAUUGAGAAUAAACCUGCAGAAGAGAGCAUAGUUGAAAAAAUGACACCUGGUACAACUGCUAAAAGAGGUGGCCGUAACGUAAGAGGCCGAAAGAUUGAUAAAAACCAAGAUAGGGUACAGACUCGUCAGAUUUCUAAACCUACGAGAGGAACUACAACUAAACGUGGCAGAGGUAGAGCUAAAGUAGAUAAAAAAAUUAAAACCAUUGUUACCACAAGUGGCAAUGCGAUGCCUGGAGACGUCUACGAUUUCCAUGAAGAUUCUGGUGAUGAAUCCGCUUCAUCACCAAAUAAAACCGAACGCCCUAGGUUGAUUUUAACAAUUAAAAGCCCAAACUCCGCACAUUCUUCCGUCACAGCAACUUCUACUCUCAGUAUAGCUCAAAAAGAACAGAUCAAGUUAAAUGACAAAAAUAAGGAUGAGAAAAAUGAAGAGUUUGUUUCACCAUCACCAAACACUCGCAAAUCUCGGAGGCUUCAAGAGAAAGACGUUCAGAGGAGCACGGUUGACGAUGUAAUUGAAGACGUUAUAAAAGGUCCUAGAGCUGGAAAAGAUUCAAAUAAAAAGAGGCCUACGAGACAAGCUGCUGUAAAAGCUAAUCAAGAGAAGGUUUCUGACACUCGUAAAUCACCUCGGGGCGCUAAAAGAACUAGGGAUCGGAGUCUAUCGGACGCCUCUGUCGACAGUGGCGAUGAACGGAGCCUUAGAGAUUGUAUGCGAGACCCAAAAACUCCACGUCUCGACGAACAAACUCCCGAACCCGAGCCUGAACCAGCUACUGCCCCAAGAAGUGCCCCGCCUGCAGCACAGGUUGCACCCACAGUCGUCGGACCUCAACCUGCGCCGGCCCAGCCACCCGUACACUCUGCGCCGGUCGUACCACUCGCACCCGCCGCGGCACAUGUACCUCAUGUACCCCAAGUACCCCACGUGCCCCACGUACCCCACGUACCCCACGUACCCCACGUGCCCCACGUGCCUCACGUACCCCACGCGCCCCAUGUGUCCCACGCGCCCAACGCGAACCUUACGCCGCUCGCUGCUCAUGCGCCACAUGCUCCACAAGCCCCACAAGCGCCACCUACUACUUCUACACCAAUAACCAAACCACCAAAAAAGAUGAUUUCGGAGAUCAGCGCCAAGCUAGCGGGAGCUUUCGAAGCGGUCGCGAGCCACAGUUCGAACGCGUGUGUGGCGCCGCCGUCGCCCGCUUCGCCCUUGGCCAGAGCGGAGGCGAGGCGGCGCGUGCGCGGCGGCCGGUCGACGGCGUGCCGGGCGCCGCCGUGCCGGUGGGCGGCUCAGAGGCCACAGAGGCGCGCGUGCAGUCGCCCGCGUUGCCGCACCGGCCGCCGGCCGCGGCCACGCCGGCGGCGCUGCGGCCGCUGGCGCGCGGGUUGGCGCGGCGCGUGGACGAGCGCGCGGUGCAGUACGCGGCCACGCCGAGCCUGCCGCGCGGCGCGCACCACCCGCCCGACCUGCAGCUCAAGCAGGUCGCCGUCGUUGGCCCGCAGCCGCACCACGUCGCACACCAUCCUGGUCAGUUCACGCGCACUAUAA